AUGGUUGAGCCCGAGGACAUAAAUAUCCUAUCACGAUCCCGUCUGGUUAGGUUUGUCUUUCUCUCUCUCAUCAGAUUACACUCACCAACCUUUCACUUCACCUUUCGACAGCUAGCCUAUCGACACCUCUUUCGACUCUCGCAACUUUUAACAUCAACAGCUUCGGCUCUCUCAUUCAACACUCGCUCUCAGCAGUCACCUUUUCUCCUUCUCUAACCAACAACUUCAUCAACUAUCAAGAUGCACGCCAAGGCCGUUGCUCUCUCCCUCGCCGCCGCGGCUGUCGUCCGCGCUGAUCUCCGCCUCAACACCAACGACAUCCCCCAGGACUGCACUGCCAUCUGCCGCCCCAUCCGCGACCUCGGCAACAUUUGCACCGUCAACUUCAACAUUGGCCAGCCCGGCAACAACAACAACAGCGACGAGACCCAGGAUGCCCUCGACGCCCAGUGCGUCUGCACCAACAACUCCUUCGACCUCAAGAACCUCGCUCCCCAGUGCAAUGCCUGCAUGAUCGAGAAGGUCCCCCAGGACCAGCAGCGCAGCCUUGAGGGUAUCCAGAGCAUCAUGAACGUUUGCGAGCUCCCCAGCGCCAGCGGCUACGCCUCGUCCUCCACCAGCGUCGCCAACACCGUCAUCGUCCUCGCCACCCGCCUGACCGCCAGCUCCCAGCUGACCACCACCCUCGGCGGCGGCCAGCAACAGACCCCCGAGCCCACCCGCUCUCGUUCCAGUGAGCGCUCGACCAUCACCACCACCUUCCUCACCUCCGGCAACGGCGGCCUUCCGUCCAUCGCCACCUCCACCAUCGUCGGUGGAGGUCGCCAGACCGGCAACGCCGCCCCUGGCCUCGCCGCCACCGGCUCCCACGGCCUGCUCGCCGCCGUCGGUGCCGUCGUCGCCGGCGCUUUCGGCCUCGGUGCCUUCAUGCUCUAA